CAAACAGUCACAGCAAACCUCAGUCAGCUCAACAGACUCUUUACCUCCAGUAGUAAAGAAGUUGACCUCACCAAUCCUGAAAGUGGUUUGAAGAGACACACUCUGCUUCCAGUCUCUGCCACGUCCUCCACACCAUCAGCCAGCAUGUUCAUAAACGAAGAGCUUGAAUGUGUCGUGUGCUGCCACGAGUUCUCCCGCGGCCACCGGGUCCCUCGGGUCCUCCACUGCAACCACACCUUCUGUGCCCCCUGCCUGGAGAAAAUGUCCAAGCAGGAGGGGGUGAUCCGCAGCGUCUCCUGCCCUCUGUGCCGCUGGAUCACCUGCACCCGAGCCAGCCUGGCCUUGCCUGCAGCCCUGUGGGUCAACACGGAGAUCUGGGACCAGAUUACGCACGAGCAGCAAGAGAUGGAAGAAGAAAAGGAUUUAAACAACACAAAGACCCAACUCAUCAAGCCAACACUACCCACUUCAAGACACACCGGUUUCAUGUCAGCGCUGCAAAAAAUGUUUAGCUGUGUGCCGCUGCAUGAAUGAGACAUGAACGGCUGCUGACAGUUGAACAGCAGAAGAAAUGGCAGCGACAUAUGAAUUUCUCAUCCAUGUGUGACCUGACAGACCUGGUAAAUGUGGCGGUGCGUUCACAGCACAGGACUCCGUGCAGUUUGCAGGAGCACUGUUGUUACGGACAGACACUGCCUGUGUGUUGUGAGGAGCGAAGGCCUUGUUCUUUUUGUGCUGAGCUUAGAAGUGGAUUUAAAAUGGACUGCACUGACUUGAAGUUGACAAACUGAUUUUUUUUUUGUAAAUUAGUUUGUUUUUUUACGAGUAACUGUGAAAUAUCAAUAUUCGGUCAAUCCUCAUUUGUUUCCCAAAGCUGAAUUUAAUACUCUGCUUGAGUGUGUUUAACUGUGAGGAGCUCAUUCUUACUUAGAGCGCACAAUUCAGUGGUAAUAGGGAAUGUUGUGUUUUGUUGUAUAUUAUAUAAUGUAUUGUAAAUUAUCCUCAAAUUAUUUAUAUAUGCAUGUAUUUGUUCACUAGUUUGUGUCACUUUGCCCACCUGCGUUUCAAAGAACAUCAGCAUGUAUCACUGACAUGAAGGAUUCUUAUCCUUAAAGUCCUCCUAAAUUCUUCACCACAAGUUACUCAGAUUUAUUUGCUAACAUAAAUAAAACUGAAACUGAAUGUUAUCUGACUCAUUUCCAUGUUAAGUUAGUUCACAAGCAUUCUUUGUGAGGAAAGUGCCACUGUUUGGGACAUGAAGAAUAAAUGUGUCAGUAACCAAAGAUGGGCAGCAUUUCAAUAAAUUUGUUCAAAAGUAA